UCGAAUUUCGAACUUCGAACCGGGUAUUGCGCACGCUUCUUCUUUGGAGACUGUUUCCGACAGAGGGUGAAACUGAAACUCCCGUGUCGGGGUGUUUACACUGCACUGUCACAAUGACUUCCUCCAACUCUCCGAAACCUGAAAAGAAGAUAACCAAAAACACAGAAAUCUCCAAAACCCAAAAGAAGAAAACCAAAAACGCUGAAACCCCCAAAACCGAAAAGAAGAAAACCAAAAACGCUGAAACCCCCAAAACCGAAAAGAAGAAAACCAAAAACGCUGAAACCCCCAAAACCGAAAAGAAGAAAAACGCUGAAAUCCCCAAAAUCGAAAAGAAGAAAACCAAAAGCGCUGAAAUCCCUCUAACCGAUGGCAAAACGAAGAGGGAUAGAGAAAUCGCCAAAGAGGAGAACAAGAAGAAGACUAAGAAACCCAAGCUCAGCAAUGGCACUUCAAAACAGCGAGACGAGGGAUCCAAAAAGGGAGUAGCAGAAGGAAAAGGAGAAGAGGGGAAAAUGAACGUGUUUCCGAUGAAUCGCAUCAGAACGAUGAUUAAGGGCGAAGAUCCCGAUAUGCGUGUUUCUCAGGAAGCAUUGUUGGCCAUCAACAACGCUGUGGAGAAGUUCCUUGAGCAAUUCUCGCAGGAAGCUUAUGCUUUUUGUGUUCGGGACCGCAAGAAAUGCCUCAGCUACGAUCACCUAGCACAUGUUGUAAGUAAGCAAAGGAGAUAUGACUUUCUCUCUGAUUUUGUUCCUGAGAGAGUGAAAGCUGAGGAUGCAUUAAGAGAGAGAAGUGCAGCAGGAACAGGAGGACACUAAAAAAUCUAAAGUAAGCUAGUGGAGAAUAUAAACUUAUACUUUUAUUUAAUCAUGUAACAUUUUUGUAAUGGAAACAUGCAUCAUGAUGAGUAAUGCUGUACUUUAUGUUAACAUAUUGUAUUUAUUUUAGUAAUCCUAUUGCCGUAAGUGUAUAUGAUUUUUCAGUGACUAUGCAUAUGCUUGAAUCUGCUUGGGGUAGAAUGCAGCAGGUGUCAAAUUCCUUCUUAUGUUGAAAA